GCCCCGCGCAGGGCCGGGAGCGGCGGCGGCUCCGAGCCCGCCCGGGCCGGGCAGCGCCGGGACUUCUCCCGGGCUCGUCUGUGCCGAUCUUCUGGAUUUGGCUGCUGACUCGAGCUGACAGAUAAUGGAAACAUUUCCUUGGCGAUGUCUCUGGGGCGACUCCUCCGACGUGCCUCCUCCAAAGCCUCCGACCUCCUGACCCUGACCCCCGGUGGCGGCGGCAGCUCAUCUUGUGUGCUGGAUGGGGAGAUUAUCUACUCCAAGAACAAUGUCUGUGUCCACCCACCUGAGCUGCUGCAAGGCGUCGGGGAGCACCAUCCAGGCUACCUGUGCUUGUACAUGGAGAAGGACGAGCUCCUGGGGACCACGCUGAUCCUGGCCUGGGUGCCCAACUCCCGCAUCCAGAGGCAGGAUGAGGAAGCCCUGCGCUACAUCACCCCCGAGAGCUCCCCCGUGCGCAAAGCCCCACGGAAACGCGGCCGCCACGCUCAGGGCCUGGGCCUCGCCUCGCCCCCCGAGCACAGGGGGGCCCUGACCCUCAGGGCAGACGAGCUCCUGGUGUCCCAGCCCGGCAGAGAUGGGCCCUACACCAGCCCCCCCUGCUCGGAGGGGGAGAGGUUGUCACAGGGCUGUGCCCGCCGGUCCCCACAGCCCCCCCGCAGCGACUCAGGGAUCCUGUGCACGCUCAGCUCCCAGGAGGAGCACAACAGGUCGGAGCUGUCGGCGGAGGAAGGGCUGGACUGCCGCGAGGACGAGGGCUCCUUGGAGCUGUCUGCUGAUGACGUGAGCAGGGACAGUACUUUUGACUCUGAUUCUGAUGCCUUCUCCUCCCCCUUCUGCCUCUCUCCCAUCAGCGAAGCCCUUGGGAAAAGCAGCAGUUCCGUGUUUCUGGACAGUGAAAGCAGGGACACGUGUGACAAUCGCAUGACCUGCUCCACCAGCUCUGCCUCCAGCCUCGACACCAGUGCCCAGUUCCAGGAGAACAAUGGGCAAACACAGAGCACCAGAUGGGAUGAACAGCAGAAGGUAUUUGCCCUCGAGCAGGUCUGUGGUGUCUUCAGAGUGGACCUGGGACAAAUGAGAUCCCUUCGUCUCUUCUUCAGUGACGAGGCCUGCACCUGUGGGCAGCUGGUGGUUGCAAGCAGGGAGAGCCAGUACAAGAUCUUCCAUUUUCACCACGGUGGCCUGGAUAAACUCUCCGAGGUGUUUCAGCAGUGGAAGUACUGCACAGAGACCCAUCUCAAGGACCAGCAGCUUGCUGAUGAGAAAACCUGUAUGCAGUUCUCCAUCCGCCGUCCCAAGCUGCCCUCCUCAGAAACCCACCCCGAGGAGAACACGUACAGGCGCCUCGACGUGUCUGCCUGGCUCCAUCACCUCAACGAAUCCGGGCAGGUGGAAGAGGAGUACAAGCUGAAGAAGGCCAUUUUCUUUGGUGGGAUUGAUAUUUCCAUCCGUGGGGAGGUGUGGCCCUUUCUGCUGCACUACUACAGCUACGAGUCCACUUCUGAAGAGAGGGAGGCACUGAGGCUGCAGAAGAGGAAAGAAUACUUUGAGAUCCAGGAGAAAAGGCUGUCCAUGACUCCGGAUGAGCAGAAGGAUUUCUGGCGUCAGGUGCAGUUCACGGUGGACAAGGAUGUUGUGAGGACUGACCGCAGCAACCAGUUCUUCCGAGGGGAGGACAACCCCAACGUGGAAACCAUGAGGAGGAUCUUGCUGAACUAUGCAGUAUUUAACCCAGCCACUGGAUACUCCCAGGGCAUGUCCGACCUGGUUGCUCCACUCCUGGCAGAGAUCCUGGAUGAGUCGGAUACUUUCUGGUGCUUUGUUGGAUUGAUGCAGAACACGAUCUUCAUCAGCUCCCCCCGGGAUGAGGACAUGGAGAAGCAGCUGCUGUACCUGCGCGAGCUGCUGCGGCUCAUGCACCCCCGCUUCUACCAGCACCUCUGUGCCCUGGGAGAGGAUGGCCUGCAGAUGCUCUUCUGUCACCGCUGGAUCCUGCUCUGUUUCAAGCGGGAGUUCCCGGAGGCCGAGGCCCUGCGCAUGUGGGAGGCGUGCUGGGCUCACUACCAGACAGACUAUUUCCACCUCUUUAUCUGCGUGGCCAUCGUGGUGAUUUACGGGGAUGAUGUCAUUGAACAACAGCUGGCCACUGACCAGAUGCUGCUGCAUUUCAGCAACCUGGCCAUGCACAUGAACGGGGAGCUCGUACUCAGGAAGGCCAGGAGUCUGCUCUAUCAGUUCCACCUGCUCCCCCGCAUCCCCUGCAGCCUGCACGACCUCUGCAAGCUGUGUGGGACAGGGAUGUGGGACAGUGGCUUCAUCCCCGCCGUGGAGUGCUCUGGCCAUCACCCCGAGUCCGAGAGCUGCCCGUACGGAGGGCUGGUGGAAGUGUCUUCUCCUAGACCAGGAAGUGAAGGCAAGAAAGGCCUGAAAACACGGGAUGUCUUUGCCUUCCGAAAAUAGCUGAGAGGAACAGGGUGUGACGGCGGGAGGGACGGGCAGGAAGGAUGUGCAUAGGAAAAAAUGUUGAAGACAAAAAUGGAGGAAUAGCUUGUCAAGAUUCCUGAGAAGACUGAAAGGUGAGGAAUGGAAGAGGAAUUAAAUUGCUCUACAGGGGAAGCAAGUUCCAGUGCAUGGAUGGUGGAACCUGAGCAAAAGGCAUCAACCCAGGAACUGUGUUGACACAUGUUUGCAUUUGGUUUUGUUAGAAACAAGCUUUUCUAGGUCUUAACAAGGACUUUUUAUUCUGCCUCUGGGACUGGACUGGUUAUCAACCAGAACUUUCUUACAUGCUGAUGAGAAAGGAGAGCACUGCAGAGAGCCAAGUGCACGGGCAGCGUUGGUGGGGCCGGGGCAGGGGCAGAGCUGGGCGAGGCACCCAGAGCUCACCGUGCACUCUCCGCUUCAACCAGCACGUGCAACACGGGGCUGCUCUCUAAAGCCAUAGAGACCAUUUUAAUUAUCAUCUGCCAAAAAUAAAUCUGCAGACCAGUGGGAUUGCAGGGAAGGUGUCUGCUUUGUCGGCGAGGAAGGACUGGUCAGCUCAAGGUCUUGUCUCUGGCCUUUUCUAUGGGAUAUUCUGGCUGGUGUGAUA